AUGGGUGUGAUGAGAGCGGUAUUUUUAUUAUGCUUUGUUGUAAUAACUUGCUUCCACAUUAAUGGUGUAGCAUCAGUUGCCAUGAUAGAAGAGGAGAAACAUGCUCUGCUUCAGACCAAAUGUUGGAAUUUUAGCAACAGAGCCCACAACUUGUCAGACCCUUGUCACUGGAAAGGCAUAUCUUGCAAUGAUUUUGGAAGCCUUGUUGAGAUGAAUUAUCAACAGAUGACUACACAAUGCUAUCGUCUAGCAAAUUACAAUUUCACUGCAUUUCCCAAUCUAGAACGUCUCACACUUUCUCAAAUGGGUUUGAUAGAUACCAUUCCAAGUCAGAUAGGAUCUCUUCAUAAACUUAUCCAUCUAAACUUAUCUUUUAACAAUCUUAUUGGGAUCAUUCCGUCACAGAUAGGAUAUCUUCAAAAUCUCACUUAUCUGGACUUGUCUUCUAACAGUCUUACUGGGAUCAUUCCGUCACAGAUAGGAUAUCUUCAAAAUCUCACUUAUCUGGACUUGUCUUAUAACAGUCUUACUGGGAGCAUUCCAUCACAGAUAGGAUCUCUGCAUAAUCUGAUUGAACUACGCUUGUAUUCCAACAGUCUUACUGGGAUUAUUCCAUCCCAAAUAGGAGCUCUUCAAAAGCUCAUUUAUUUGGAGUUGUUUGACAAUAGUCUUACUGGGAUCAUUCCGUCACAGAUAGGAUAUCUUCAAAAUCUCACUUAUCUGGACUUGUCUUAUAACAGUCUUACUGGGAUUAUUCCAUCCCAAAUAGGAGCUCUUCAAAAUCUCACUUAUCUGGACUUGUCCUUUAACAAUCUUACCGGUGAGAUUAUUCCAUCACAAAUAGGAGCUCUUCAAAAUCUCAAUUAUUUAGACUUUUCUUCUAACAGUCUUACUGGGAUUAUUCCAUCACAAAUAGGAGUUCUUCAAAAUCUCAAUUAUCUGGACUUCUCUUCUAACAGUCUUACUGGGGUUAUUCCAUCACAAAUAGGAACUCUUCAAAAUCUCACUUAUCUGGUCUUGUCUUUUAAUAGUCUUAUUGGGAUUAUUCCAUCACAAAUAGGAGCUCUUCAAAAUCUCACUAAUUUAAACUUGGCUUUUAAUAAUCUUACUGGGAUUAUUCCAUUCCAAAUAAGAGCUCUUCAAAAUCUCACUUAUUUGGACUUGUCUUGCAACAAUCUUACUGGUAUCAUUCCAACAUAUAUAGGAGGUCUUCAAAAUCUCAAUUAUUUGGACUUGUCUUGCAACAACCUUAUAGGUAUCAUUCCAACUUAUAUAGGAGGUCUUCAAAAUCUCAAUUAUUUGGACUUGUCUUACAACAACCUUACAGGUAUCAUUCCAACUCAUAUAGGAGACCUUCAAAAUCUCAAUUAUUUGGACUUGUUUUGCAAUAACCUUUCAGGUGUUCUACCUUCCAACCUUCCCAACUUUAUUUAGAAUAACUAGAUUUGAGUAGAAACAAAAAAAUCAUUGGGGUCAUUCUUUAAACUUUGGGUUUUAUGACAAAUCUCCACAGCUUAUAUUUAUACUCAAAUUUAUUCACUACAGGUGGCAUCCCUUCUUCAAUUUUCGAUUUGAGAUAUUUACAAGAUUUUGAUGUUUCUCAAAAUCAAUUAAGUGGCGGCAUUCCAGAAAAAUUAGGAAAUUUCAAUAUUGGCUUUCACAUAAAUGUCUCCCAAAAUAAUCUGAGUGGAAACGUACCGGACAUUUUGAACUACUUAGAUGUUGAUGUUAACUUUAGUCACAACAAAUUCAAUGGAAUAUUACCAUCUAUUAUAUGCAGUGAACCACCAUCAUGUAGCAUUGAUUUAAGCUACAAUAGUAUCUCUGGUAGCAUACCCAGAGAAUUUGGUAGGCUACAGUACAUCAACUUGUCAUACAAUCUUCUUAGCGGCUAUGUUCCAACUGAAA